GAUUUCGUCAUGUCAACGCUGCAAACCUUCCAAGAAGACGAAACACAAACAAACGAACUCACUUCUUCAACAACUUCCCACGACCCGGACAGAGGUGAUCUCUAUUCGAAUUUCGAGAGCGAGGACACAGGAUUAAGUGAUGACAGUUCGCAAGACUCAUCUUCGAGCGACGGGAACAUCAGAACGUCGGAACUCGAUGAGAUGUUGGGCAGAAAUAGUGAUCUGGACGAGCCACUCUACGCAGGAUCAAAGCUGUCACGAUCUCAAAGCUUGGUUAUGGUGAUGGCACACAGCCCAAGACAUCAUGCAUCAAAGGAAGCGACAGAAAGCCUACUGAAAGUGCUUGAUGCACACCUACCUCAAGGAACAAGCUUUCCAAACACAAAGUUUUUAUUUUUCAAGAACUCUUCUUCACUGUCGGAAUGUAGACGGACAGCACACACAUACUGUCCCGAAUGCUUGGAGUACCUGACUGCAGAACCCUCUACAACUUCGAGUGUGCAGUGCCCCCAGUGCAAUUCAACACACAGUGUGACGAGCCUCUUGCAGUCAGGCUCCUUCUUCUUCACCCUGGACAUCGACACGCAGAUAAAGCAGUUGCUAACAAGUGGGAAGCUGUUGCAAAGCCGUCUUUGUCGUUCCUAUGAUGUUGGCGAUAUAAGUCAGAGUGCAGCAUAUAGCAGGUUACCCAUAACAAGUGAUGAUAUAUCAGUGACAUGGAACACUGAUGGUGUUCCUUUAUUUGAGUCUUCGGGACACAGUGUAUGGCCGUUGUUGCUGCAAGUAAACGAGCUUCCUUACAAGGACAGGGUACAGCAGUUGUUGCUUUUUGGGUUAUGGUUUGGUGCAAAGAAACCCAAAAUGAAUAGCUUCUUGAAGCCAUUUGCUCAAACUAUGAAUCGCCUUUCCUCGGAAGGUAUUGCUUGGACGACACAGACUGGAGAAAACAAGACAUGCCGUGUUUACCCGGGGCCGUGUACUGUGGACACUGUUGCUCGGUGUAUGGUGAUGAAUAUGAACCAAUUUAACGGUGCUCAUAGCUGCGCAUGGUGCGAGCACAGUGGUGAAGUAGUGGACAAGGGCAGAGGGCACACCCGUGUAUACGUCAUGCAAAGGCCUGCAGCAAGGCUCAGGACACAUGAACGUUUUGUGAAGCAUGCAAAACAGGCACAGGAGAGGGGUGUGCAUCGCCUUGGAGUGAAAGGUCCAAGUGUCCUUUUCUUUAUGACUUUUUUCAACUUCUGCAGCUCAUUCGUUGUGGACUACAUGCAUGCGGUCUGCAAUGGGUUUGCACGGGCAACUACAUUUCUCUGGUUCAGCCACAAGAAACGUUCUGCGUACAACAUUGGCAGCUACAUGUCACAGGUCGAUGAGCAACUUAGGAAGAUGACCCCGGUCUGGGAGAUGAGCAGGCUUCCAAGACCUCUAUCAGAAAUGAAGUUCUGGAAGGCAUCUGAGUGGCGGGACUGGGUGCUCUACUUUUCGCCGGUUGUUUUGAAAGAGUAUCUUCCAAAGACUUAUUACAAAAACUGGACGAAGUUUGUGCAGAUAAUGCACUUCUGCCUACAAUCUCAUGUCCCAGUGGACAAAAUUGGUUAUGUCAAAAAGGCCAUGGAAGAAUUUUUGGAGGAAUACGAACAGCUGUACGGAAUCCAUAACAUGACAUACAAUGCCCAUAUACUCCUCCACAUGGUAGACCAUGUGAAAGAGUGGGGACCUCUUUGGGGGUUUUCGGCAUACCCAUUUGAAUCAAUUAAUGGGAAGUUGGUACGAUUUGUAAACGGGACAAGGUAUGCCCAUUCACAGAUUGUGGAGAAGUUCUGCAUCUUGCAGAACAUUCCACAAAUCCUUUCUACAACCUCGCCUUGGCAACAUGAUGACCUCAAGCUUUUUGUCAGAUCGUUGUUGAAGGGGUACAACAUGAGAAAGGCAAGUUCAAAGUGUGGCAGCAUAUACCUUUUUGGGAAAGGAAGAAAAGAAGAUGGUAUUAUGAAGUACAAGAAAGCAACGGUUGGAUCCUUUACUUAUUGUGUAGAUUUGAUGGACAAGUCGCGGCGGAAAAAUUCUUUCGUCUCAACUGGUGCAGACUCAUUUGGGCAAAUCACUGAUAUUUUCACAACCUGCACCGAUCAUCCAUGUACAGUGAAUGCUCAUGUGUGCUUCAGACUCAGAAAACUGUAUGUUUUGAACAGUAUGUUAUCUUGCAUUGCUGGCAGCAAUUCAGUUCAUUUUGCAUCUGUUCAGGAAGCAAAUGCAUAUGUCACUGUCAGUGCACUGGACGUAAGGAAAUGUAUUGUACUGUCUUGCUCAGGACAAAUGGUUUUAUCGAUGAUCCCAGAGGAGUAUGUCUUGGAGUCUGUAUAACAAAUCGCUCAUUUUCUUUUACUGUGAUACUGUUGAACAUUGCCCUUUGACGAAAUAAAAUGCACCUAGGACUGAUGGCAAAAAGCCAGAGACAGAGCAAUGCAAAGUAAAUGUCACAAAGAUCACAAUUAUCCUGUUUUCUUUUUGUUGCCCUGUCUCUUGCUUUUUGGCAACAGAUUUUUUUUUCUUUUUCUUUUUUUCAAAGGUUGCUUCAAUACAAACUUCCUGGCUAGGAUUUGCAUUCAUGUAACAUAGUGCACGGCAUCACACAACUGAUUGGCGGAUGACCUUUCUUUUUGAUGCUACGGUGAUGCUACCGGCAAAUCGUAUCAUUGCUCCAUGUGAUGAAAUAAACUCUUGCCAAUUUGUUUUUUUCGAAAGGAACCCAACUUAUUGGUGGCUGACCUUCUUUCUUUUUGAGACUACAGUGAUGCUACCGGCAAAUCGUGUCAUUGCUCCA